UCUCCCUCCCUCCCGGUGCCCGCCGGAGGUCCGCGGCGGCUCCCCGGGCACCUCCUUCCCGCGGCGGGGUCGUGCGCUUCCUGGGGAGGGCAGAGGCCGUUGCCGGAGCAGGGGCGAGCCCAGAGAGAGCCACCCGUCGACCUGCAACUGGGCCCCCCCCAAAAAAAAACGCCCGGGCUCUGCGGGGUGAUCGCAAGGGCCUCGAGGCUCGAAGCAGCAGACGGGCUACGACAACCCGAACACUUUCUGCGUCGGCGGCUGGGCAAAGAAACAGGCGUCCUCGAAAAACUCUGAGGAGCGUGCAUGAACGGACAGCAGGCAAGAAGAAAACGAAGCCAGGGGCCAGAGGAUCACAAACACGACGACUGGGCGACGCCCUGGCGCGACAAGCCACAAGCUGGCCCGAUCACGUGGCUCUCGGCAACGUGAGAAAUCUCGAGCGGCCCUCGCUUAUGUUAUUGGAGCCUCACGCGAUUUCCCAGUCACCGAAAGCCAGCCGUGCCCACUUCGGGCCCGCAGGUUGUACGGAGGCCCUGCCGGCUGUCCUCUGCGGACGGCCCGCGGCCCGCGGCCCGCGGCCUCGGGACCUGCGCGGCCGCUCAUAACUCCAUGCCGUCCAGCAAACCAGCCUCGAUCCUGCCCCUAAGUAACCUCAAGACGAACCCGCAGGCGAUGUCAGGAUGCGCCUGCAGAAACCGAGGGAACCCUUCAGAUCGGCAUCGAGAUCGUGCGGUGCCAAUCACUGGGACAGGGGCAUGUUCUUCCAGGCUGGCAAUGCCAAUCCAGAGCUGCUCCUCGGCUGCCCCCUAAAUGGACAGGGCAGUGCAGAGCUGCUCCUCAGCUGCCCCCUCGAACACCGGAAAAGCGCGCUGCUGCUCGCAAAUUGGCCGGGAUCCGCCGCCGGGGAUCCAGGCUCUGUGGGCGAGCAACGACAUAUGUACAUGUACGCCCUCCGCGGUCUUGCCUGCACGAACGUCGGCUGUACAUAUGUUGCUGGCCUCUGACUUUGCUCGCACGCCUGCAGAAGCAGGCGCUCUGGCGAGCCGUGGAGCACGCGCCCUCGGUGACUACCACGGACCGCACGGGCGCCGGCUGCACCUCGCCGACAGCGGCCUCCCGGCGCCGCCGGGGCGGGGCGCGGCGGGCGCCGUCGAUCACCGCCGAACGCUCGGGCCCGCGCGACGCGUGAGGGCGGGCGU